AUGGUCAUCAUCGGGCACUCGAACACAGUCGAUGCCCGGAAGAUGCACGUGGAGGUGAGCAUUGAGGGUCAGCCAUGCGGGAUGGAGGUAAAUUCUGGAUCCUACCUCUCCAUGGUCUCCUGGUGUACAAUCAAGCAUCUGGUGCCUACCAUCCACAGAUGCGAAUUGGAGAGCCAGAAGCUGACCCUGAAGGAUUAUCAGGGAAACCGCAUUCCCGUGGCCAGGAUUGGACAUUUUAAAGUGGCAUUCAAAGGGCAUACAGAGGUGCUUCCGCUCAUCAUUGUGGACAAAGACCACCCGAGCCUGCUGGGACUGGAGUGGUUCGCGCCAUUGGGGAUUGAGGUAACUGGCAUCAACCACAUCACCGAAGCAGACUGGGAGGAGACACUCGUGAGGGACUUCCAGGAGGUCUUCAACGGCGACCUAGGCAAGUACCGUGGGUCCCCAAUAUCUUUCAGCCUAAACCCAAACAUUGCCCCUAUUUGCCUUAAGGCAUCAGACAUUGCCAAAGAGACUAAUAAAGACAAGCGGCUGGCGCAGGUCUUGAAUUGGCUGUUCACACAGAAGGGUUGCAUACUUUGGGGAGACAGGAUGGUAAUCCCUGAAACACUACAAAAGAGAGUGUUGACUAUGUUGCAUGAGGGGCACCCGGGCAUAGUUAAGAUGAAAGCCCUGGCCAGGAGUUAUGCCUGGUGGCCAGGGAUGGACAAGCAGAUUGAAACGUGGGUGGCCUCAUGCCGGAAAUGCCAGGAAGCCAGACCAAACCCUCCCUCUGCGCUGCUUCUGGAAUGGGAGACCCCCAGAGGGCCAUGGUCCAGGGUCCAUAUAGACUUUGUCAGACCCACAAAGGGACACACUUUCCUAAUAACGGUCGACGCUUACUCCAACUGGCUGGAGGUUAGCGUCAUGAAAUCCACCACUAUGGAGGCCGUUAUCAAAGAACUAACCAAACUGUUUACCACCCAUGGACUACCAGAGGUGCUAGUGUCAGACAACGGACCACAAUUUACCGCGCUAGCAUUCGAGAAAUUCCUGGCUGAACGGGGCAUACGGCAUGCGUUGACAGCUCCCGCUCAUCCGGCGGCAAACGGGUGGGCAGAACGCAUGGUUCAUUACACAAAAAAUACAAUAGAAAAAAUUGAAACCGGGGACAUACAUGACAAACUAAAUAAAAUGCUACUGAUACAACACAUAACACCCAACACAAGGACAAAUAAAAGCCCAGCAGAGCUACUGAUGGGCAGAAAAUUACGGUCCCAGCUAGACAGACUACACCCCACAUACAACCCCGAGAAAUCCCCAGACUCAUCGAGCAAAUUCCGAAUAUUUGCCCCAGGAGACGCAGUCUAUGCAAAAAACUUCACAGGGGACCCGCUCUGGGUGCUGGCAAAGAUAACCCAGCUGGCAGCCAUUCAGCAAGUAGUAAUAUCCGUCAAAGCAUUUGCUGUGAAGCAGCUGGCUCAAAGUCAGAACAACUGCUUUUUUAAAGGCCCCAUCACCCUCAAUUCAUUUUGGAGAUCUGCAAAGUGA